UGUUGAUAUUUCUUUACAUAUAAAUAAUUAUAAGUUUUGUUAAUUGAAAUGCCAUUUACUUGUUGUUGUGUACCUGGAUGUUCUAACAGAGGUGGACAUCUUUUCCCAAAAAAUGGGGAAUUAAAAAAGAAAUGGUUAAAUGCAAUCAAAAGAAACUCUUAUGAAGAAAAACACAAAGAAUGGACACCAAGCAAAAGCAGUGUUGUUUGUCAGGAUCAUUUUUUGCAAAAUGAUUAUACAUCAAUUACAAGUUUUGGCACAGAUGUUAGCAGAAAACAGUUGAAAAAAGGAUCAGUUCCAUCUGUAUUUUGUUGGAAAAGAAAAUUAUCCUCAAACACCCCAGACAGAAGUGAUCGACUUUUUAAAAGAAACAAAACAAAAUCUGAACUAUCAUUCACAGAAGAAAAUAUUGAAAUAAAUGAUCCAUGUACUUCUGAUAUAGGACGGGAAGAAUGUGUCGAGUCUACAACAGCACCCAUAGUACCUGAUGCAGAGUCGCACAUAUUAUAUACUGCUGUUCCACUGAAUAGUGAAUUUAGCUGUCAAACGCCAUCCUGGGUUUCCCUUUCUAUAGAAAAUUUUAGGCAUGAUGAUGCUGGUGUAUUGUUUUAUACAGGGUUGGCAAAUUACAAUGACUUUAUAUUUGUCUUGGCUUCUUUUGGAGAGGGAAUAUACCACAUGAACUACUUGUAUAACAGGGUGGACCAACUUAAUAUUGAAAAUCAAUUUUUUUUAACCCUUAUCAAGCUAAGAAGACACAAAACCAAUUUUGAACUUAGUAGACUGUUUGGCAUUUCUGAACAUUCAGUGACAAAUAUAUGGAUCACAUGGCUGAACUUUAUGUCUAGACAAUGGAAGGAGUUAGAUUUGUGGCCAAGUCGAGAUUUAGUCCGCUUUUUUAGUCCAUCUGAUUUCAAGCUGAAAUUUCCAUCAACUAGACUGCUUGUAGAUGGGACAGAAAUGCCUGUUAAGAAACCGAAGUCUCCAAUCGCUCAACAGUCUACUUAUUCUACAUACAAGAACAGAAACACAGUUAAAGUCUUGGUAGGAUGCUCACCCAGUGGUCUGGUGUCUUAUGUUUCUGAUUCAUACGGCGGAUCAGUAAGUGACCGUCAAAUAGUGGAAAGGAGUAAUCUUAUUAACUUAUGUGAUCCUGGGGAUUCCAUUAUGGCAGAUAAAGGCUUCAACAUUCAGGACUUAUUUGCACCAAGCGACGUAACUAUUAAUAUUCCAACAUUUUUUAAGAAACGUAACAGAAUGACUGGGAAAACAGUUUUAAGAGAUAGAAAAAUAUCCAGUAAGCGUGUCCACAUUGAACGAAUCAUAGGAUUAGCAAAGACAUUUAAAAUCCUUACUGUUGCAAUGAAUAGAACAGAAACAAAACUUUCAAGUGAUAUAAUUUUUGUAGUUUUCAUGCUUUGCAACUUUAGGCAAUGUAUCAUACCAAGACAUGCGUAA